AAGAGAGCAAGUCAUUUCACUGUCGCUCGCUCGAGUCAGCAAAGAAGUGAAGAUGGCCAAAGUCCCCGACCUCUUUGAAGACCUGAAGAACUGUUACAGUGAAAAUGAAGAAUACAGUUCCGAAAUUGACCAUCUGUCUCUGAAUCAGAAGUCCUUCUAUGAUGCAAGCUAUGAACCACUUCAUCAGGACUGCAUAGAUAAAUAUAUGUCUCUGAAUACCCCUGAAACCUCUAAGACAUCCAAGCUUACCUUCAAGGAAAAUGUGAUGAUGGUGGCAGCCAACGGGAAGAUUCUGAAGAACAGAUGGUUGAGUUUAAAUCAGUUCCUCACCGACGAUGACCUGGAAGACAUUGCCAAUGAUACAGAAGAAGAAAUCAUCAAGCCCAGAUCAGCACAUUACAGCUUCCAGAGCAACAUGAAAUACAACUUUAUCAAGCUCAUCCAACAGCAAUACAUCCUGAAUGACGCCCUCCAUCAAAGUAUAGUUCUACAUCCGUCAGGUCAAUACCUCAUGGCUGCUGCAUUAAAUAAUCCGGAUGAGGCAGUGGAAUUUGACAUAGCUGCUUAUACAUCAGGAGAUGAUACUCAACUUCCUGUGACUCUAAGAAUCUCAAAAACUCAACUGUUUGUUUGUGCUCAAAACGAAGGCGAACCCGUAUUGCUAAAGGAGAUGCCUGAGACACCCCAAACCAUCAAAGAUGAGACCGAUCUCCUCUUCCUCUGGAGCAACCAUGGCAGUAUGCAACACUUCAAAUCAGUUGCCCAUCCCAAGCUGUAUUUUGCCACAAAGGGAGAAAAACUGGUGCACCUGGCAAGGGGCCCGCCCUCUAUCAUUGACUUUCAGCUUUGACUGUGGAGUCUACUUACUUGUGAAGUGUUGACAAUCUGUAUGUACCAUGUACAUGAAGGAGUCAAAUCCUGCACUCUUAGUCACUCUCAGAGCAUGUGCUGAGCCUUUUUAACUCUAAAUGAAUAUUUACUCUCUUUCUAAGAGAGGGCACAAAGUCUAGUAGAACCAACACUAACAUAUAAUGUUGCUUGUUAUUUAAAGAACACCCCAUGCUUUGCAAACUACCAAUCAUUUUAAUUAUUAUUAUGCAUACAAUCUUGGGAGGGCCAGGGCUACUGACCGUGGCUACCAAAAAGGCUCUACCCAUAUUACAGAUGGGUUAACUAAGGCAUAAGAAUACUAAGAAAUACCCACCAUAGUAUUUGGAAUGAGAAGCCAUGGACCCAGGAUUUCAUUCCAACUGCUUAGCUUCUGCUUUUAAGUUGCUGAUGGACCCUUUAUCAAACACUGUAAGUUUCUGGGACCUCAGUUUGAUCAUCUUCAAAAUGGAGGGAAUGAUGGCUAUAUCCUUCCUGCCUCAACAGUAUUUUAUGCCAAUCCGUGAGCUCGUUUUAGUAAAAUACUUCUUGAAGCUGAGCCUCAAGAAGAAGGCAAAGGAUGCAAUAUUAUUUUAAAUUAUUAUUUAUUACACUUAUAUAUUUAUAAAUAUUAUUUCUAAGAUAAUUGUAACAUUAUUAUAUUUAUAGCAAUUCUUUGCAGUCUCUGAGUAUGCCCAUGUAUCUUCAACAAUAGUAGACAGUGUUUUCCAGGCUGAAUGAGUUUCAGGCACUAAGGCACUUUGAUCCAAGUUGUGCUUUUUCCAUUGCUGUGAAGCUCUGUAUUCUAGUACCUGGGAGUUCUGUAAUUACGAUAAUAAAUUUGUAUUAAUUA